CCGAGGUUCGCUGAGGCCAGAGAGCCCCCUUCGUUUCUUUUUCGGCGUUCCUGAUGGUAGCACGAUGGCUGUACGGCUUCCCUGUACCUGUGUGGCACCAAAUUCAGGUGCCAUUCGUCUGCAGCCGUUUGGGCUCAAGCGCAGGGCCCAUCGCCCAGUUUGGCUUGACCGCAGGGCAUACAUUGCGUCAACCGGCACAAUAUGGCAGUCCCCGAGUUCAAGCUCGUGCUUGUUGGCGACGGGGGCGUGGGCAAGACCACCCUGGUGAAGCGCCACCUGACGGGUGAGUUCGAGAAGAAAUACAUCCCGACCUUGGGUGUCGAGGUCCAUCCGCUCGGUUUCACGACAAAUUGCGGGCCCUUGAAGUUCAACGUCUGGGAUACGGCCGGGCAGGAGAAGUUUGGUGGCUUGCGUGAUGGUUACUACAUCCAGGGCCAGUGCGCAAUUAUCAUGUUCGACGUCACAUCGCGGAUCACGUACAAGAAUGUCCCCAAUUGGCACCGCGACAUCGUCCGCGUUUGCGAGAACAUCCCGAUCGUGCUAGUGGGCAACAAGGUGGACGUGAAGGAUCGCCAGGUCAAGGCCAAAAACAUCCAGUUCCACCGCAAGAGGAACCUGCAGUACUACGACCUGAGCGCCAGGAGCAACUACAACUUCGAGAAGCCGUUCCUCUGGCUUGCCCGCCGCCUCACAAAUCAGGGCAAUUUGCAGUUCGUGGGGCAGUUCGCGAAGGCCCCAGAGAUCCAGAUCGACACUGCCCUCAUCGCCCAGCACGAGAAGGAGCUGCAGGAGGCCCAGAACGUCGCGAUCGGAGACGAUGACGAGGACCUCUGAAGACCCCUGGCGCGGCGCGCGCGCGAGGCCUCGCGUGGGUGCAAGCCGUGAGAGUGGCUCCUGCGCGUUGUUCGGGAUUGUAGCCUGCAGCGCGCAGGUGCGCUCGACUCCUUAACUGUUUAGCCUCCCUCCCCCGCGGCAGCUACCCCCCGUGCCCUUCACAUGCCGUCGACCAGGGCCAGGGAAAAGGCUGGUUUCAGGUAUACAUCA